UAAUUUUUAGUUUUGCUCCCGCUCUUCGACCUUCUGGGUAUCUGCUUUUGUUGUCCUCUUGGCAGUUUUUUUUUUAUAAAAUGUCUUCGAGACACGGCUCCAGACGUUACGAUGACCGACGGAGAGAUGAUAGCAGGAACAAGGGUCCUUCUAAGUGGUCGAAUAGCAGGAAACGGAGUGCGGAUGGGAAUCUGCGGCUCCACGGCGACUCGGACUCCACCGUGUUUGAGGAUUUGGGAAGUCAAAGAGAUGCAGAUGACAGGCCAGAGAGUUUUACCACACCUGAGAGCCAAGGCCCCGUCUCCAGGUGCUCAGACUGGGGGACUGAGGUCGAGCUGGAGGAGAUGCGCAUGGGUAUUCGUCGAGACGUUCAACGGUCAGCAUCCACUGCAUGCAGAGAGUACCCAAAUCCCAUGUACAGGAGAAGAAUACUGGCAGCUGAAUUUAAUGAAAGAGAGCGAAAGACAUCAUCUGGAAGCUCGGACUCCAGAGAAUCCCCCGUCCCAGCAGAGAUGGAGACGGACGAGGCAGUGCUUAUGAGGAGGCAGAAGCAGAUCAACUAUGGCAAGAACACCCUCGCCUACGACCGGUACAUCAAGGAAGUGCCAAAGCACCUGCGGCAGCCAGGAGUGCACCCCAGGACUCCCAACAAGUUCAAGAAAUACAGCCGGCGUUCUUGGGACCAGCAGAUCAAACUGUGGAAGGUCAAGCUGCACGCGUGGGACCCCCCUGUAGAAGACAGCAGCGACCUGCAAGCCAUUCAGGAGAUAGACCUUGAUGACAUCAUGGAGGUCGACUUGGGAUCCAGCAGCUCCGCUGAGCUCAAAGAAGGUGCCCCGCGGUCCAAACCUGGCAAGGAGCCUGCGUCCGUCCCGGAGGAAUCCUGCUUGGGGACUCCCAGCAAGAUGGUGAAAAUGGAAGCAACGUUUGAUCUGGAAACUUGCCUGAAAGCGGAGGACAGCAGAUGGCUGGACUUGUGACCCCCAGACUGCUGGCCACGCAGCACCCCAAUGGGGGAGGGGGGCUGCAGCUUCGGAAGACCGAGCACUGGGCCAUGUCCGCUGGGGUGGGGGACCGGAGGCUAUGGUCAAGUCCUUCUGUAGCUUUGCACUCUUAGACACCCAGCGGGAGCUCAACAAGAUACUCAGUGCCCAGCCUGACAUCUCAUUCUUAAUGUGUUCUUUUACAUCCUUGAGUUUAGUAAGGAUUCAUUUUUGUUUUUGUAUGUAAAUAUUUUUCACUUUCAAAAAUGUUGUUGAUAUUGACUGUGGAGGCACGCACUGAUUCACGCAUGCAUUACACGUGCUCUCCAAACAAAAUAAAGCUGGAAUGAGGCCAGCGUGACUGGUGUGCGGUGCUAUGGGGACCAGCCCACAUUUCGCAGCAGUGCUGUCAUGUGACAUUAACACUGACAGUUGGUUGGCUGCUGAUGGGGGAGGAGCCUGUGUCGUAGUGGGCUGAUUGUUUUUGAUGCUUUGCAGCGGCGUGUUCUUUGCCUCCCCUGAAGUGUUUGUGCUAUGUCCAAUUUUAAGUAAUAAAGAAGGUUUUUGUAAA